AGAGGCGGCAGCGAUGACGGAGGUGACGAGGGAAGCGUUCGGGCGCCUGCCCCAGGAGGAAGGAGGGGGGACGGUGGAGAAGUUCACGCUCAAGUCCGACAGCGUCAAAGUGGAGAUCCUGUCCUUGGGGUGCAUCAUCGCUGCUCUGGAGACCAAAGACAGGGAUGGGACCUUUGCGGAUGUUGUCCUGGGCUUCGACAGCUUGGAAGGUUACACGAGGAAGCACCCCUUCUUCGGGGCCGUCGUGGGGAGAGUUGCCAACCGGAUCGCGAAGGGGAGGUUCGUCCUGGACGGCCAGGAGUAUCAGCUGGCCCUCAACAACGGGCCCAACAGCCUGCAUGGAGGAGCCAAGGGCUUUGACAAGGUUCUCUGGAGCCCCGAGGUCGUGCCGAGCGGCGUCCGCUUCUUCCGUGUCAGCCCGGAUGGAGAGGAAGGCUACCCCGGCGAGCUCGAGGUCUGGGUCACCUACACGCUGCGCGGCGGGGAGCUGGCCAUCAACUACCGAGCCCGGAGCAGCAGGACGACCCCCGUGAGCCUGACGAACCACGCGUACUUCAACCUGGCCGGGCAGGGCUCAAAGGACAUCUAUGACCACGAGAUUUCCAUUGAAGCUGACUCUUACCUGCCCGUGGAUGACACCAAGAUCCCUACUGGGGAGGUGGCCGCCGUGCAGGGCACGGCCUUCGAUCUGCGGGCGCCCGUGCAGCUGGGGAGGCACCUGCAGCGCUUCCACCUGGACGGCUUCGAUCACAACUUCUGCCUGAGGCCGGGCUCGGCGCGGCGGCUCGCGGCCAGGGCUCGGCACCCGGCCAGCGGCAGGAGCCUGGAGGUGCACACCACGCAGCCCGGCCUGCAGUUCUACACCGGCAACAACCUCGACGGCUCCCUCAAGGGCAAAGGCUCCGCCGCCUACGCCAAGCACUCGGCCUUCUGCCUGGAAACGCAGAGCUGGCCCGACGCCGUCAACAAGCCGCACUUCCCCGAGACGCUGCUGCGCCCGGGCCAGGAGUACGAGCACAGCACGUGGCUGCUCUUCGCCGCUGCGUGA